CAUCAUCAAGAGUAAAAACCAAGGAAGUCUCAUUCUCUUCAAUCCCAUUAUAAAAUCCCCUCUUCACUCUUCAAUCUCCCUGCCCAUACUUUCCUUCACUUUCCCGAGAAAAAAAAAAAAAAAAUCAAAACUACUAAGAAAAUGAGAGAAAUCCUUCACAUUCAAGGUGGGCAGUGUGGGAACCAGAUAGGUGCCAAGUUCUGGGAAGUGGUGUGCGCAGAACAUGGGAUAGACUCAACUGGACGCUACCAGGGCACCAACGAGCUCCAACUUGAACGAGUCAAUGUUUAUUACAAUGAAGCCAGUUGUGGCAGGUUCGUCCCCCGGGCUGUUUUGAUGGAUUUGGAGCCCGGAACGAUGGACAGCGUCAGGUCCGGGCCGUACGGGCCAAUUUUCAGGCCCGACAAUUUUGUUUUCGGACAAAGCGGGGCCGGGAAUAACUGGGCUAAAGGGCAUUACACGGAAGGUGCUGAGCUGAUCGACUCUGUUCUUGAUGUUGUCCGCAAAGAAGCUGAGAAUUGUGAUUGCUUGCAAGGGUUUCAGGUAUGUCACUCUUUGGGAGGAGGAACGGGUUCCGGAAUGGGGACACUGUUGAUAUCAAAGAUAAGGGAAGAGUAUCCGGAUCGGAUGAUGCUGACAUUCUCGGUGUUUCCGUCACCGAAGGUUUCGGAUACGGUGGUUGAGCCUUACAAUGCAACGCUCUCUGUUCAUCAGCUUGUGGAAAAUGCUGAUGAGUGUAUGGUUCUUGACAACGAGGCUCUCUAUGAUAUCUGCUUUCGCACUCUCAAGCUCACCACCCCCAGUUUUGGGGAUCUGAACCACCUGAUUUCAGCUACAAUGAGUGGUGUUACAUGCUGCCUUCGAUUCCCUGGUCAGCUCAACUCAGACCUUCGCAAACUUGCUGUAAAUCUCAUCCCAUUUCCUCGGCUUCACUUCUUCAUGGUUGGCUUUGCACCUCUCACAUCCCGUGGCUCUCAGCAAUACAGGGCCCUCACUGUCCCUGAACUCACCCAACAAAUGUGGGAUGCCAAGAACAUGAUGUGUGCUGCUGAUCCACGCCAUGGCCGAUACCUUACAGCAUCGGCCAUGUUCCGUGGCAAGAUGAGUACUAAAGAGGUUGAUGAGCAGAUGAUCAAUGUGCAGAACAAGAACUCAUCCUACUUCGUUGAAUGGAUCCCCAACAAUGUCAAGUCCACCGUUUGUGACAUCCCUCCAACAGGCUUGAAGAUGGCUUCUACAUUCAUCGGAAAUUCAACUUCAAUCCAAGAAAUGUUCAGAAGGGUCAGUGAGCAAUUCACUGCCAUGUUCCGGAGAAAGGCUUUCUUGCAUUGGUAUACUGGGGAGGGAAUGGACGAGAUGGAGUUCACAGAGGCUGAGAGCAACAUGAAUGAUUUGGUCUCAGAGUACCAGCAAUACCAGGAUGCUACAGCUGAGGAGGAAGGUGAAUAUGAGGAUGAGGAAGAGGAAGGGUAUCAGGAAGAGGCUUAAAUGAGAAGUUCAGUCUGGCUUGGUGUGCUUGUAGAAUAUAAGGAAUUAUUCUGAUUUUAUUUGGGAUUGUCAUAAGUUUUCUUUUCAAUUUUCUUGUGUGGAGUUGGUGUUGAUGCAGUGUCCAUUGCCGGUUUCCGGGUGUGCAUCUUUUUUUCAAGAUUUUGUUGUCUCCACAUUUCAUAGAGUACUGCUUUGACUGCUGCUUUGUUAUGUCAUGAUCUGUUGUUAAAUUAAUUAAUUCCUUUUAAGGUGGACUUACUCUGAAAUUCCACUUUUAUUAAUUAGAAAGGUCUUCUUUUAUCA